UUAUGCACAAAUCAAACUCGGGUAAGAUUACUCGUAGCACUGUAUCGCCCUCUACCGCAAUGUUCUGGAUUGUUUUUGUUUGAUCUGGGACGAUGGCGUGAUAUCCUUACAUGACUAUUACACGAUUAAGAACUUUCGAAGCACGAUGGUAGGAUGUCAGAUAUAUACAGCUAUCCCGGUGUGUUAGGCCAACAACAUGCCUUGCUCCUUCCCCUUAUCGAACUCAAAUUUAUCGUAGAACGUGCUGUGUGUCCACAGUGUUACAAGCGCUCAUCUCAUAAAAUAUCAGUCCUCUGCACUUCCAGUGCCUUCAAAUCCUCGACCUGAUUCCGAGUUCCAAGUCGAGCGCAAUAUCAACUGAUUGCUGAAAAAUUGACCGAUUCGUUUCGGUUAUUCUAGGUUAGUCAAGUCUAUAGCGUACAUGGCCAAUUCAAUUGACAGUCAUAGUAUUGUCAUGUUUGGCCGAAGAAGACCCCUCUUGGGAGCUGCGCUCGUGGUGGGAGCGUCAAGAUCUGCAGCAAGACAUGAGGUGGAGAGAGAGGCACAGCGCAGCGCGGAGAUGCAGUGGGCCGCAGAGAAGGCAGCAGUCGACAAAAGGCGAGAGGAAGAAGAGAGGGACAGACGUACUCAGUUGGCUUUAGACGAAGCGAUUGCUAAAGAAAGGCAAAGGACCGAGAGUACCCAAAGCUCUCGACAGCCGGGCGUGGGUGAGAAGCAAGCACCGAACGUUCGAUACUGCCCAAGCUGCGGGCACGCGUGUUUGCGUGGGGCCAAGUUCUGUAGCAUGUGUGGAGAGAAGCAACCUGAGGACGACAGUCUCCCACAGAAUAUGAAGUAAUGUACAUGGAAUAUUAGUUCAGAAGUAUGAAGACCCAUAGGACAUAUCAAUGCGGUUCUCCUUUUUGCGGUGGCAAUUUCUAGUUGGGCAUAUUGCACUGAUCAUGGUACCUAGGUACCGUGGCAGCGAAGUAUCAGUACCCAGACGUUGCAGGGUCGUUUCACGCCAUCAAGAUGACUUGCUUGGACCACUGGAUGAUGCGAUAGCGGGCUUAGUCACGGAUAAGAAUUGGAUGGCAG